CGUAAUACUCGCCUGGUAAAUUUUCGCCGCCGAUAAAACACGAACGGUUUUCAUUGGAGAAAAAACAAACGUACACUACCAUUAACAGCCAUGUCCGUGAAUUAUGCAGCUGGGCUCUCACCGUACGCAAACAAAGGUGUUUGCGGACUUCCUGAGCAUUUUGAUAGUCCCGAGGAGCUCAAGGCCAAGGUGGAGGCUCUUGCUCAGCUCAUUAAAGAAUCACAGUACCUGGUUGUCCACUCGGGAGCAGGGAUCAGCACCUCGGCAGGUAUCCCCGACUUCAGGGGUCCCAAGGGUGUGUGGACUCUAGAAGAAAAGGGCGAGUCACCUCAUUUUGAUACCACAUUUGAAGAUGCUCGCCCAAGCUUAACUCACAUGGCGCUCCUGGGACUGCAGAGGGCAGGGUACCUCAAAUAUCUCAUCAGCCAGAAUGUGGACGGCCUACAUGUGCGAUCAGGCUUCCCCAGGGAUAUGUUAUCAGAGCUUCAUGGAAACAUGUUUGUGGAGGAGUGUGAGAAGUGUGGCAGGCAGUAUGUCCGAGAAAAGGUGAUUGGUGUGAUGGGCCUGAAACCGACAGGACGCUACUGCGAGGUGGUACGAUCCAGAGGACUCAGAUCGUGCAGAGGGAGGCUGAUCAGCACAAUACUUGACUGGGAGGAUGCUCUUCCUGACAGAGACCUGAACAAAGCAGAUGACGCAAGCAGACGAGCAGACCUGGCUCUGACUCUGGGCACAUCCCUGCAGAUCAAACCCAGUGGAGACCUUCCACUCCUCACCAAACGCAAAGGAGGGAAACUGGCUAUUGUCAACCUGCAGUCGACCAAACACGACAAGCAUGCACACCUGCGUAUCCAUGGAUAUGUGGACGAAGUCAUGAAGCAGCUGAUGGAGCUGCUCGGACUGGAAAUCCCAAAGUGGGAUGGACCGACUGUCUGCGAGAGCUCCACAAUCACCUCUGAGAUCACCACUGAUGUCAAACCGCCCUGCGUUGUUACUGCAAAGGAAAAGGUGGAAAAGGACCUCGUUAAAGAGGACAGGAAAAGAGAAGCAGCGCAGCUAACAAACGAUCGGAGUGUCAAGGAGGAGACGGUUUCAGUAAAGAGGGAGAGAGCAGACCUCCCAGUGGAGAUAAAUGAAGAGAAAUAGCCUCAGGUACUCUCUCUGAAAACACACCGCAAACCCGUCCACAAACAAAACCUCACAGCCGAAGGUGAUUUGAGCAGUUUCAUGGAGUUCAGAGCUUCUUCUUAUCUGGAACAAAGACUUUUCUAGUACUGUAGUGGUUUUUAUAAUCACAGAUUUCUGACACUCCCCUUAUUGUCAUGUUAAGCAGCGAUGUGAAACUGAUGCAGCUCAAGCCUUGGCGAACUCUUUAAGUAGAGAGACCAGGAUGUAAAUGCUCCUCCUGUCAUAGUAAGGGGCAUCCAUGCUCGUUUUCUUUAGUUGGAGACUUGUGCUGGUGGGAUAAUGAGAUGAGCUCUGGAGCACAUCAUUAGAAAUAAAGUUUUAAUCAGGUUUGUAAGGUUGCUGCACCGUAUUAAAACUUUAUUCAUAGCCAUAGUGCUCCAGAUCUCAUCCCUGAAUAACUUGUCUCUAAAGACUCCUCAGUUCAGUUGGUCACGAAAAGGAGCAGCACGUGAGCAUCUAGAAAAUAUGAAUAACUAGCAGCUACAUUAAGUUUAUCUUUGGGCCAUAAAUGAAUCAUAAUCAUGCUGUAUAUUUGUAGGAAAAUAUUUAUAUAUCAGGAAAAAAGCACUGUACUCUCUCAAAAGAAGUCU